AUGUCUCCUUCCCUCUUUGUGGUUGUAGUGCCAUUCCUAAAUCUGGUGCUGUUGGCCAGAGGACAGAAGACAGAGCCCUUAAGUGGCCUCACUGACCAAACACUUUUUCGUGGAGCCGAUCGCUACGAUUUUGCCAUCAUGGUCUCACCAGGAGGAACAGAAUGCUUCUGGCAGUUUGCUCACCAAAGUGGAUACUUUUACUUCAAUUAUGAGGUCCAGCGGACAAUGGGACUUUUACACGGCCGUCAUAUUACUGCCACCGCACAUACUCCAAAAGGUUUUCUCAUUGAUAAAUCCCAGGAUAUCCGAGGCCAGAUCAACUUUUCUACCAAAGAGACAGGUUUUUACCAGCUUUGUCUGAGCAAUCAACAUAACCAUUUUGCCACUGUCCAAGUGUAUCUCAAUUUUGGAGUCUUUUAUGAGGGAGCUGACAUGGCGAAUAAUCAGAAGAAUGAGGAGAGACAAAAACUGAAUGAUACUCUGGAUGCCAUUGAGGAGAGUACACGAAAGGUCCAGAUGAAUAUCUUUCACAUGUGGAGGUACUACAAUUUUGCCCGCAUGAGGAAAGGGUCUGACUUUUUCAUUCUCCAGUCAAACUAUAACUAUGUGAACUGGUGGUCAACAGCCCAGAGUAUAGUUAUUGUCCUUUCUGGGAUCCUGCAGUUGUAUUUCCUGAAGCGUCUCUUCAAUGCCCCCCAGGUCACAGACACGAAGAAGCCAAGAUGUUAAAGGCAAGACUAGAAACUAAGUCCUAAUCCCUCCUACCCUUUUUUUUCCCAGAGCUCAUCAAAUCAGUUUUAUGAAACUGUUACAUAAAUUAACCAUCCACACCAAAUUUUUAAAAAAUCAUUGUCAUCAUUGACAAAGGGCCAUCAGCACUAGUAAAAAUUAGUAAAUUCAGAAUUAUUACUUGGCUUUAAGCGACUCCAUGAUAAGUCCUUUAAAAGGUUGCUCUAAACAGUGCUAAUAACUAUUCCCAUAAGUUCUACUGAGCAUAUUUAUCCAGAGCUAAAGGAGUUGGGGGAUGGGGAGGAGGGUUGCUAAAGGAAAGAAAAAUCUUAAAACAGGAAAGAGAGCUAGUGAUGUAUGAGAACAAGAGCUGGAAGAUGGAUCACAGACAAUAUUAAGUAAAAAUAAAUAAAGACCUUAUCAAAGUUGGAAAACAUUUUGUACUUCUAUAAAUUACAUCUUCUGAAUUAAAGAUAAGUAGAUUUGUAAAGCAAUAAUCUGUCUAAAAUGUGAGCCAGCCCUUCUGGGGCUUUAUAUAAAUUAAGUACUCUUAAAAAAAAAAUCACCAAAUCCUUUGGAUGAAGGGGGCAGAUGAGUGGAUGUGAAUCAUUAAUUUCAGAGCCUGUAUCAAGGGCCUUUUGUUCAGCUUAGUAAGGCAAUGGAAAAGAAUUUUUUUAAAAUGUAGCUGGAAAAAAGUCUUGGUUGGUACAGUAAGGUGAUGAGACCUAUAUUUAGCCAAACUCCUAUCGUUCUAGGCCUUCUAAAGAUAAAACAAUCAGAAGCAGGAUCCCAACAGGUUCAUCAUCUAUUUGGCCCUUGGCUUCAAAGAAGUCCGUUGGAUGGAGAGACAAGUAUCUUUCUUUCCCUAUUUUCAGUACCCAAAUGGAGUCUACCUUGCCAGUAACACAUCAAUUUAAUAGAGAGAUUACACCCGGUUUCAACAAACUCCUAAUCUUAUUAGUAGGGCUUACCAUUUCCAAAUAAACAAUGAUCAGUUGGAUACCGUAGGAGCAACACCAGAAAAGAAACCAUGGAAAACAGAGACUGAAAAGCAAAUGUGAAUUCUGCACAAUCACCUUUCUCAGCAUGACACCCUGGUGUCCUUACUACACUCUGGCGGCAAUCUGUACAUA